UUGUGCAGUGCAUCAGACGGGCUACAGACAGUAACUGUACAUCUACACCUUUAGGUGGACGUGCUAAACCGGCAACGCGAUGUAUAAACAUGAUACAGAUUAUAUAAAUAUAAACACGGCGUCUGUGAACGUGCUCAAAACAGCGUCUAUGAAUGCGCCUACGGACCGUGACGUCAUCAGUGCGCGCCGCUGGGGUUUCGUCGCUGGCCUCUGAAAUGGGCACUAAUCAUCAGCCCUGAUUUCACCGUUGAUUUACGCCACUGACUCACCAAAAGCCGAAAGCUCGACCGUAGGCAGCAUCAUGACAUGCCCGGGUAACGUGAUGGAAGAGCUGAACGAGAGGUUCCCAGAGGUGCCGCGUUUGUGGCUGUCAGGCCACGCCUCUCACUAACAUCGUCCACGUGUAAUCCAGAGCAGCAUGAAGCAAGCUCACGAGCGCAAUCAGGAGUGCCUCCCUCCGAAGAAGCGGGACCUUCCGGUUAGCAAUGCUUCCACCGUUCCUAACAACAACAGCAGCAGCAGCAGCAGUAAUACUGGAGGUGGUGGAGGAGGAGGAGGAGGAGAGGAAGCAACGACGUCGUCGUCACAGAGCUCCGGAGCGAGCGGAGAACCUCAGGGUGGAAGUGGAGGCGGCGAAUGGGUCCGGACUCAACCUAACCUGCAUUUCGGAGUGGAGGGUCCGGAGAGCAUGGCCCAGGGAUUACCUGUGGAGCAGUAUAGCAUGCUGUAUAAAGUAGCCGUUCCGUCGGUCACCUACUCGCCCACCAGCCUCCACCCCGUGCUGGGCCACAUCUCUCCAGCCUACACGGUUCCCUCAACGCUCCUCCAGCACACAGGCAUUCAUUACCCUUCUCUCGGCUACGCUCCCAUCCCGCAGUUCGUCAGCCCAUCAUAUGCCACCGCAGUUCCCUAUGCAGUCCCCCCAGGGUUCGUCCCCAGCUCCUUGAUACCGGCUCAGUCUCACCUGGUGCCCUAUCCAUCCGUCAUCCAGGAAGGCGUGGUUUCGUCCCCGCCUCAGCAGCAAGUUUCCGCUCAUGCCUACGCCAAAGUAGCGGCUACAGGAGGCGUCCCGUUGGUGCUGGCGUCCGAGCAGGCAGUGGCCUCUUCGUCAUCCUCCUCGUCCUCCUCGCAGCAGCCUCUAGGCGCCAUCGGGAUGAUUCCGACGGCAGAGCGCGUCCCCGUGUUCUACCACACGUCGGCCAGCGAUCGAGUCGCGCAGCCUCAAAGCGGCUCGAUGGAGCAGGACCGAGAGGUGAACGGAGGGAAUCGGGAAAACGGCAGGGACGUGGUUUACAUGGCGAGAAACGCGGUGGUGCGGCCGCAGCAGCAAGGCAUGGCGAUGACGAUGGAGAUGCAGAUGGACCGGAAGAUCUGCAGGCAGGAAGGAAGAGCAUCGCCUGGCCAGCGCAGCACACCGGACAUGGACCUGGAGGUCCAACAAGUGGUGGGGCGUCUGGCGUCGCCGGUCCGCGGCGUGAGUCGGAGAGAGGGAGCGCACGGCUCGUCUCAGAGCAGCAGAGAGGUUCAGGGGGAGAGUAGGACGGCGUACACGUCGCACCCCGGCGGCCAGCUGGACCCUCGAGCUCUGCUUCAUCCUCAGCACCCUGGUCAUACAGUGAUCCUGCCGAAUGGGCAGCCGGUUCUCCUGCCCCUGGACUACCAUCCUCUUCCUCAUCCUCAUCCCCAGCCUAAUAACGACACCGCAGCCGAAACGCCACAGCACAAAAUCUCAGAUGCCUCAGGCGUGGCCGAGCGCGUGCUGGCGGCGGAGCUACCCGCCGUGCCAGCUGUCCCCGCCGUGCCUCCGCCCUCGCACUUCACCAAGGGCGCCAUCAUCCAGUUAGCAACGGGCGAGCUGAAGCGCGUAGAGGAUCUACAAACGCAGGAUUUUGUACGCAGCGCCGAAGCCAGCACGGGACUGAAGAUCGACUCGAGCAUGGUGGUGGACGUACGUGCGAGCUCCCAGAGGCCCGGGCUGGUCGCGCUACGCUUCGCCGUCGGCGAGCGCCAGAGCAAAGUGAGCAUCGACGUUCCUCCCGAGCACCCGUUCUUCGUCUUCGGUCAGGGCUGGUCAUCCUGCAGCCCAGAACGCACCGCGCAGCUCUACGGCCUCACCUGCCACCACCUCCAAGCGGGCGACGUCUGCGUAUCCAUCACACUUCAGCAGCAUUCGGCCCCGCACCAAAAGCCACCGUCGAUCUCCCAGCAGCCGCAGCAACCGACACACAGCAGGACUUCCGCCAAAGCCAACUCGACGUCAGGAGCGUCCUCCAGCCAACCUAUGGGACCUCCGGCGCCCCAGAUCCCGCGGCCAGCUCAGGGUCAGCUCAGGACGGAGCGCGUUCACCGAGAGAGAGCCGACAAGGACGAGUCCUUAAAGCUGAGCGCCUCGGGACACGGAGACGUGCCCUCCAGACCCGACAGGACUUCGGCGGAGCACACGCGCAGCCAGAGCAGUUAUUAUUUGCACACCGAGGCCCACGGGCCCUCACAGAGGCGUUGGUCAACCCCAGGUUUCCAAAGAUACCCCGUCAAGAGGGAGGAGGGAGGCCUAGCCGCGCCGCCGGGCUCCUCUCGGCCCUCGUUCAUCCCUCAGGAGGUCAAACUAUCCAUCGAGGGGCGCUCCAACGCCGGGAAGUAGCAGCAGACGCAGGAAGCAGGACGCAAUGGCAAGAGGGGAGGAAAGUGUCAGAAAUGCGUGGGAAGAGAAAGAGAGAAUGUAGCCUAAGAAUGUUUUUUUCUUUUAUUUUUCUUUUGAGAUUUUGCACACGAAAGAUUUUAUACACACACAUUGUUUUUUUUAGGCAGCCCGAGAGCACUCGGGGUCGAGCUCGUAACGACGGCAAGACCGCCGACCAUCUGGACUAAACGCUCCAGCUGGUGUAUUAUCUACCAAAGCCUUUCACGCUCUGUAAUUCACUUACAGAUGAAAUAUCAUUAGUUACAACGUGUAUUGAAGAACGUAACCAGAGGGGAGGAAACCGGAUGCAGCCAUAGGAUCUUCACAAUUACGCCUGUUUUCCUCCCCGUAUAUAAAUAUAUAAAUAUAUAUAUAGAUAUAUUAAAUACACCCUGUACUUGAUGGAUAGUUUGGACUGCCGAAAAUCUAAAAGAAAGGCUCUCUCUUUCUUUCUCUCUCUCUCUCUCUCUCUCUCUCUCUCUCUCUCUCUCUCUCUCUCCCCGAGUGUCGUCGCUUUACUUUACAGCCGCUCUCGCUUUUGACUCGGAAGUUUUGCUUUUGUUUUUCUUUUCACGGCACAUCGUCCUCACACGACUACACACCACCUUUCUUUUCCCUUUCCCUUCAGGGCCGGCGUUUUGUUUCUGUUCUCCCUUUCAUUUGUAGCUCGUGAACGAUCACUUCUUCCCGAAUCAAUCAAACAAAACGACCAACAAUCAAUAUUUAGGAACGGCGUUUAAAAAAAACAAAAAACAAAAGCGUAUCGGGUCACGUUUACACUGUCCGCAGUAUCGUGCUCUACCUGUCCCACGUGUUUUGUUUUGGUUCGUUUGUUUGUUUGUUUGUUUUUUCCUAUAUUAGUAUUAAGGGUUAAGAUUCAGCAUUCCAGCGUAUACAUUUUCCUUUUCGUGGAGACAGUGUUCGGUGUCGGGGGGGGGGGUGGAAAUCUUCGCCGCUUUAGUAAAAAGAAAGAGAAACGUGGUACAGGUCCUAGCUGAUGGAGAUUGAUUUGGGCUUUCCUUCUUUCCCCUAUUUUUUUUUUUUUUAAAGGAAAAGAUGAUUGCUGUGGAGUGAAUCACCACGGACGGGUUUUAAAGCAAUAGCUCGACUCAUUUGAUUUUCCUCGUGUUGUUUUGAAUUUUUUUAAAAUUGUGACGAUUCAGCGGUCCGUGUGAAGAACCGACUUCCCAGUAGCAAUGCACGACGUCAUUUUUCAUUUCUAAAGAAUUCUCCCCAGCGUGGGUUUCAAUCAGGGCACGUACGUGACCUUUUGAAACGACACGAUGUCACUCUCUCUUCUUCUUUUUCUUCUUCUUCUUCUUCUUCUCAUCAUGUUUUUAGUUAUUAGAUUCCCGGUCCUGAGAUCUGAGCGCACCUUCUUUUUCGUUCGGUCGUCGUCGAGAUAUUAUUGUACGAUGUAGGAUUUCCUUCUCUGCAAUGUUACUCCUGAUGACUCCGGUCAUUGCACGUCAGGGCCGGGCGAUGCGACGUGAGUUUCGUGAUACUCCGCCACGAAGCCUUUCUACGAUACACUGCAAAACAGUGCUGCUGCGUUACCAAAAAAAGGGAUUUAACAUCUUGAAAAAGGAGUGAUUUAACAGUGAUGGAGAUGUAAAAAAUUAAACGCAUCUCGGAUAUUUGAGUAUCGUGACACAAUUUAUCGCCGUAUCGAUAUCGUAUCGUCACAUCGUCCAGCCCUGUGGUGGUGGUUUGUUUUUUUUUUUUUUUUUAAUAGUUGAUUUAAUACACACUGACCUUUUUUUUUUAAUUCGUUUUUUUUAGUAUGAAGGGAAAACUUUCAACACUUUAAUUUUUUUUUUUACUUUUUAUUUAUUUUUCUUUGUGAGAAACUGACAGGCGUGCUCGACACUGUUUACAAAUUAGCCAAGAAGAAAUGCUGCGGUUUCAUCACUGAUUAUUCUUAUUCUUCUUCUUUUUUUUUUUUUUUCUUUUUUUUUUUUAGCUUAGUUAUUCAACAAAAUGUAAACCGAGAAAACGUAAACGAAGUGCAAUUAGACCUGGCGUUUUAAAAAGUAAACGGAGUCGUUUCGUGAUUUAAAAAAAAACAAAAAAACGUUUUUAAACAUUGUUGUUUAUUGGGUGUAAUAAAAUAGGUUACCAUGCUUUAAUGUUAAAACAAACCGCAUUAUUUGUCAAAUAAUGUAACGUAUCGCCAUACCUCUAUUCCCAGGCUGCCUGAAACGCUCGAUUUCUCCAAAGCCCCUCCUUCUGAAAAGCCCAGAGCGCUCUGAUCGGCCAGCUGACCCGUCGCGUUGCGAUUGGCCGAAAGCCUCACGUGCGUUUCGGAAGGCUAAACCGAGGGUUUUUGCUUUCGCACCGAAACGCACAGCGUCUCCGCAACAUGGCGGCUGAAUUCUCUGAAGCCUCGCCUUCUAUCUCCGCACCUGCCUUUGUCCGGGACUGUGCUGAUAGAACGCGCCGUGACGUAGAGGAAUCACGGGAGUAAAUCUGGUUGAGGCGUUUCGGGCAGGUCUGGAGCAGCGUUCUCUGUUCGAUUAGUAAAUAAAUCCUUUUUGGGGAGACUGUGAGCUUUGCGACUUUGCAGAUCUUCUACAGGCACAAACGGAUAUGUUACACACCCAAACAAAAGGAACACCUGAAAAAUCAUGAAAUGACUCCUUUGAAUAUGAACACGAACGUCGGACGGCGUUCCGAGAUAUGAGCUUGACGUUCCCGUUUUUUUUUUCCUUCACAUUUCAUUUUUUAAUUCUAGUUCUACAGGAAAGAAAAAAAUGCAUUUUAUCAUAAACGAUGCUUUUAAAAGAUGUCAAGUAUUUUAAAGGAAAGAACUUUUUUUUUUUUUUUUAUAAAUUUAAUUUUUUUUUUUGCUUGUUUGUUUUCAAUGGUGACUUAAUAGAUUUUUCCCCCUACAGGUAGCAUUAACUCUCACCUCGGAUACAGAUGCGUACACUGACUGGUGAUUUGACCUCGUUGACUAUAUUUAGCUGGUGUGAUGGUCUCGUACGUGUUUCUGGUUUCGAAUCAGCCUUCUUUUUUUUUUUUUUUUUUUUUUUAAAAAUCUGAUUUUCCCACCGUGCGCUCAGUGGUGCAGGUUAUUAUUAUUAUUAUUAUUAUUAUUAUUAUUUUAAUUGCGUAAAUAUCAUGCGUAGAUCUGUUCUCUGAAGUGGUCUUAUGUAUUUCAAGUUCAGUGGUUUGACACACUCCACGUCUGUGCUGUUUCUAAUUAGGGAUGCAUCGAUAACGCCCCAUACGUACCGAGUACGAGGACAUUAUUAUAUUUGGUACUCGUCGAUAGUGAUACUGACAGAAAUGAGUACUAAUAAUAAGUAUUAAUCAGACAGGGACGUCAUGGAGCGUUUCUUUAGCAGGACGUCGUACACCCGGGUCACCGGAUGUCAGAUGUCGAUAUCAGAGGAUUUUUUUUUAUUUAAAAAUUUUUUUUUUUUUACAGCCAAUCGAUGCAUCCCUAUUUUCACUUUUAACCUCUCAGAAUAAACCUCCCUGCCUCAAGACGUGACCGCUCUGUUACAGCCGGUCUGAACAGACUCCGUACAAUCUCAUUCCUUUUCUGCGACAUGACCAAAAAAAAAAAAAAAAAUUUCUUUCCAGACAAGCAAAUGCAGUACGUAAGUCAUUCCGCUCAUUUAAACAGUAGGCGUUUAUCACCCAAGCAAUAUCCUUCCACGGAGAAUUACCGGAACGGUGUACGACCUCAGCGCUAUGUUCUAUGCAGUAAGUGCAAACGUCUUAACUCUGGCAGCCGUGAGCUCGUUUACUCAACAAAGGAACUGGACGGAUUUCUUUUCCGUCAUCGUUUUAAUGACCCGCCCCGGUCGCGUUUUAGUUCCCCAACCAUCAUAGAGAAACUCCUUAAAGGGGAACUUCACGGUGUUUUUAAAAAAGAAAAAAAAAAAUUCUUGUAAAACUCUGUUCACUGUAUCCGUACCAUGUGAUUUACUACAGAAACGUGUCCCGGAACUGAAAACCUAUUCACGACUUUCAAUGGAAGUCUAAAGGCAGACGCCGAACCGAAUUUAAAAGCAAACGAUUACGCCAUUUCUAAAACGCAAAAUCGCUCCCCUUGCCGUUACACAUGAACCGUAAAGCUGUUCCAGACACGAGAUUGACAUCUCACACACACACACACACACAAAAAAAAAAAUCUGUAUUUCUGUAUCAAAGCUUUCUAUAUUUCCCAAAUUCCUGACGUGUGAGUAACGCAGUUUCAAAAGUAGUUCCGGUUACUUUACACUUCCCUGAAUCCGUACGCCACGAGUGCCUCACGACGUUUUUUGCACAUAAGCACAAAUUCUUCCAUCUGAGAAAGCAGUCCCGUCUCUAAAAGGAUCGGUUCUGUAUGUUUUCGAGUUUUAUUUCCUGACGAAUCCGACAUCUGCCCAUAGACUUCCAUUGUAAGUGAGUUUGGAUUAAAACUGGGUUUUGUUUUUUGUUUGUUUUUUGUAGUUUUCGGUGAACAGAAAUGUACUGAAAUUCGGUACAAUAUAUAAGUAUGUAUGCGCUACAGGUGCAAUGGAUGGACAUUUUGGUUUUUUUUUUUUUUUUUUUAAACAAUGAAAUAAGUUUCCCUUUAAUUCUGUUGCAUUAAUGGAAUAAUUGAGAUGGUAGUUUUUUUUUGUGAGCAGUCAGAUUAUGUUGCUAAAACGAAAAAACUUCACAAAAGUUGAAGCGUGUCAUGUUGCUCGGUUACUGUACAUCGCGUGCGUGCGUGUGUGUGUGUGUGUGUGUGUGUGUGUGUGUGUGUGUGUGUUAUUCGUCACCCUCACUUCUCCGUGUCAUCUCAAACGCACUGCCUUACUGACCCCCGGCUAAAGGUCGUCAGAUUGUGUGUAAUGAAUCGCUUCAAUCCUGUGCACUGUAACUAAGGGGUAAAAAAAUCUACGUUUUGUUCGUGCCUUUCCUGUACGUGUGUGUGUGUGUGUGAGAGCGAGAGAUCCAUCGUGCUAUACACAUGCAGUCGUCGUUUUGCUUCGACCAUUAAGGGCUGAUUUAUACGUCAUUAGAAAUUUAUAUAUAUAUAUAUAUAUGUGUGUGUGUAUAAGCGUGGUAUAAAUGUGAACACUAGAGGGCAGUGUGGAGAAUACGUGAAUGAAACGUAACGAAAAGGAAAGUCUGGCGUUUUACUGUUGUAGGAAGUAAAGAUUUCCGGUUAUAGACUUAGGAUUUCAGCGCCCUCUAGAGAAAAUACGUAUGAUGCCGGUUAUGUCAUUUGAAUCAAAGCGAUCCAGGUUUAAACAGAGUGCUCGAACGUGAGCUUGAGAUAAUAACGAGUUUUUUUUCAGUCCGUUAGCAUGUUUUCGUUUAAGUGUCGUCAUCGGCGCUACCGUGUCCGUAGUUCUCGUGUGAGUCCGGCGUCCUCCUAUCAGUGGAUUUUAGACGAGCGUCGUAGGAGCGCUCGGAUGCCGAGACCUUUAACGAGAAGUUUUUCACACUGCCAGGACUUUUGUUUCCAUUGUAAGAAUGUCAAUCUCGACUCCAAAGAAUUCUCGUUUAGAAAAAAAAUAAUAAUAAUAAUUUUUUUUCAUGUGACUGAUUCGUACAGUUUGUAAAAAAUUAUUCGUAGAGUGUAAAAACUGACGCGACUCGCACCUUUUUUCUACCCGAUCUGGUUCCUGUUCAGUCACAGAUAAGCACGACGCGUCUAUUUCGAGAUGUGCACGUCUGCUACCCGUAAUCCCCUCCGUUUACGUCACGACGUGAACAUGCUUACGUUAAUCUUCACUGAAGUACAAAUCAGCCCUUGAUCCCAUUCCGGCACGGCUUCACGGUUCACUUUCGUGCUCUCAUCUCUUCAUCUUCACGGUGUGAUCUCUCUCUCGUGCAAGUGUUGUGCAAACACAGCGCCCCCUGUAGAUGACUCGCGAUAGUGCUCGCUGGCUAUUUUUAAUGAAAAGUACAUGUAAAAAAUAUAUAUAUAUAUAUAUAUAUAUUAUAUAUAUUAUAUAUAAAUAAAUAUAUAAAUCGACUCAUCACCACCUACGUCAUCAAAUGAAAGAUGCACUUAUUCUAGUCCACACUUGGUUACGUAGUAACCUUGUCUAAUAUUGAAUUAUAUGCGAAACCGUGUUAAAACAAUCAAUAUUUGUGUGUGUGUGUGUGUGUGUGUGUAGAUAAAAGAUGAGCUUUCUAUAAUAUCGAGCUUGCCUUAAGAUUUGUCGUGGAACGAAUGAUGCGUACGUGAGGCUCGGAGUCGCCCUCGCAGCCAGGCCUGCAGGUCGACCGUCCCGCGUAAAGGAGGUAAAAUCGUAUGGCGUUUUACUUUCACGUCAAGUUCCGAUGUCAAUGGAAAGAGACGCGCACUGCUGACAUGGGCCUUUGACGAGCAUUUACCUCAGAAACCUUGCCGUGGCUGGCGUUAGGAAAUAAACCGUGUUGCAGGAAACGUGCCUGUAAUCACGGCGCGCGAGUCGCGAAGGGCGUGGCACUGACGACUUGCAUCAGGUGACCAUUUCGGGCUCUGGAUGGACGGACAAAAGGAUGGACGCGCAAAUCUUUUCUCAGUCGUACUAUCACGUUAAAUUUUUCUGACUUCGUUUUUCGGGACGCUUUACCACCCAGGAACCACGUUGAGGUUGAAUUUCUUUUCUUUCUGUUCUUUUUUUUUUCCUCUGUAGAAGUGGAACUAAAAAUGAGCGAGUGAGAAAAUUCUAAUGUUUUUUUUUUUUUUUUUUUUUUUAAAACGAUUAAUUAUGUACUUUUAAAUUGUUGGCACUAAGUGACACUGCUAUUUUUUUUUCCCAUUUUCUUCUUUUUUUAAUUUUUUUUUUUUUUUUAACGUGACCACUUAACCGGUUUGAAAAGAAACAAGCGUCUUUCUUUAAUGCAUAAGAGGAACCUGCAAAAUAUAUGCAAUGAUGUGUAUGUAAUAUUCAAUCCUCAAGUAUAAUCCAGGUUAUAUGGACUUUGUAUAGUGAAUUUUAAUAUCGUUAUGGCC